CUUCUAUUUGGCCACAUUGCAGGGACGUAUUCCUCUAAGACUCACCAGCUUCUUCCUGUAAGACCUCAUUUCAAGAUGCAGUAUGGAGGGGCUCCUGGAGGGCCCGCGUUUCCCGGACAGACACAAGAUCCGCUGUAUGGCUACUUUGCUGCUGUAGCCGGACAGGAUGGGCAAAUAGAUGCUGAUGAAUUGCAGAGAUGUCUGACACAGUCUGGCAUUGCAGGAGGAUACAAACCUUUUAACCUGGAGACUUGUCGGCUUAUGGUCUCAAUGCUGGAUAGAGAUAUGUCUGGCACAAUGGGUUUCAAUGAAUUUAAAGAACUCUGGGCUGUACUGAAUGGCUGGAGACAACACUUCAUCAGCUUUGACAGCGACAGGAGUGGAACAGUGGAUCCUCAAGAAUUGCAGAAGGCCCUGACAACAAUGGGAUUUAGGUUGAGUCCCCAGGCCGUGAAUUCAAUUGCAAAGCGAUACAGCACCAAUGGGAAGAUCACCUUUGAUGACUAUAUUGCCUGCUGCGUCAAACUGAGGGCUCUCACAGACAGUUUUCGAAGACGGGAUACUGCCCAGCAAGGUGUUGUGAAUUUUCCAUAUGAUGAUUUCAUUCAAUGUGUCAUGAGUGUUUAGGUGAGGAGGAAGCUGCAUGAACUGGUCAACAUUCCAACUGGAGUUAGCAUCUGCUCUUAACUUUUUGCCUUCAGUAAUGUGUGUAAAUUACACCGCCGCUUUCCCUUAGCAGCUAUUGUAAAGGUUUAUUACAUUAUGUACGACUGAAGUUUUAAAUUUUGAUAAUAAAUUCUUUGGAACUUUAAUAAGACCAAAUUUGUUAUACCAUUUAGAACUUCUUUGAGACAUUAUCAAUCAUGCUUUAUUUUCUAAGCCUCUCUUAUGUAAAUUUAAGUAUGCAAAAUGUUGAAGGCCCAUUAUAUAUUUUUCAUUGUGAGAUAUUAAAAACUUUUAAUCAGA